GGACUUUGGUUCCUUUUUCAGUUAAAAAUUAUUUUUGAACAGACGACCGUUACUCAGAUGUCUGUUUACUCCAUUUCCAAAUACCAAACAAGUAGGACCCAAUACCCAAUCAAAAAGGAGCAACCUUUUCAUUUGAAUUUCAAAUUCCAGUAAUGUAACGUUGCCAGUAAAAGAUUCUGUAACCAAACCCUUAUCUUAUUCUACUCAGAUCUCUGUGUUUCGUCUUCAACAGACAUGGGUGAAUCCACGUGUCUCAUCAAUUCUUUAUCCUUUGUUUCUACCAUGCCCCAUGAGUCCAAUAACCAUGGAAACCACGGAAAUGCUCUUGGAGAUUCUGUGUCCUUCGGGAAGUUCACAUCAGAGUCAUUAUCCUGGGAAAAAUGGUCAUCUUUUUCUCAUAAGCGAUACGUCGAAGAAGCCAAGAGUUACGCGCAGCCUGGAUCUGUGGCUGAGAAGAAGGCUUUCUUUGAAGCUCAUUACAAGAAAGUUGCUGCUCAGAAGGCCGCUGCAGCUGCCGCCGCAUUGCUUGAGCAAGAAAAGGCAAAAUCUGAAGCUGAAGAAAGAAUUCAUGGUACAAAUUAUCGUGCUCACGAUUCCAAACCAACAAUGCUGUUGAAAUCUCAUUAUUUACCAACAAGGACAUCGAACUUACAUGCUUCACAAACAACUCUGCACAUGAACUAUUUGCAACCGGUCGCGUCGAAUUUGAAAAUGGCCGUCAAUGAAGAACGUCAGAUCGUAUCUCGAGAUGCGAGUAAUGCAAAUGAUGCUACGCGUCAUAUGUCAACUGUCAAUCUGGUUGCACCUCAAACCGAUAAGACUUUAGUUGUUGCUGAGGAUCAACUUUCGGUUUCGGAGGAUAGUGGAACAUCUCAUAUGGAUAGACCGUUGUUGAAGUCAAAGUUGAACACAGACCAGGAGGUUUUGCAACCGAAGAUCAGGAGGAAACCGGCUACACCGUCUUUCAGGUCACCGUUAAUUGGCAAAAAACAGUCGAGAUUUCCAUCUUCACCAGGAAAAUAUAUGCACCCUCAGAAAGAAAAUAUAAAUAUGGUCACUCCAAGAACCAAAAACUCGACUGCAAUGGCGUCCAAUGAUAUAAAGAGAUCAGCCCCAAGAUCUUUGUACACGUUAAUGAAUUCUGGCUCUGUUAAAGAAUCAUGCAAAGUAAACUCGAUUGAUAGUACGAAACCCGCUCCCAUUGUUCAUUCCACACCCAAACGUUGUGCAACGCCUACAAUAACACCUUUAAAGGUUAAAAAUGGGGAGAACAAGCAACCUGUGGUAACCCCUUCAGUUAAAAAAAGGAUGGAAACGCCUGUUCAUCCCUCGGCGGUUGGAAGCAAAACGCCUGGUCAAAAAUGGCAGAUAUUUUCAUCUGUUUCAAAGACGCUGAGUGCUUAUAAAAACAAGUUGCAAUCGCCAACCGUAUCGUCCCCGUUCACCUUGCGAACAGAGGAAAGAGCCGCACGAAGAAAACAGAAGCUUGAAGAGAAAUUUAAUGAGAAAGCAGCACCGAAAGUGCAGCAGCAAGCAACAUUGAAGGCUAAAGCAGAGACUGAAUUCAGAAGAUUCCGACAAAGCUUUUGCUUUAAAGCUCGACCGCUACCUAGCUUCUAUAACGAAAGAGAAACACCAGAGAGCCCAAUCAUUAAGACUCCUCGAGCAAAUAUGAAGUCUUUAACACCAGCAAGAAAACCUGAGUCAACAGUAUCACAACCCUCGUUGACCAAAAGGACUUCAAGAAGGCUUUGGAAAACUAAUGACAUAACUAGUCAUCCUCUCUCUUCAUUAGCAAGAAGGAUAAACCAUGAGAACGCAUGUCCAAAUAAUCAACGCUGUAUGGCUGCUAGUUGAGAUACCGGUCCGGUUUAUGUUGUAUAUUGAAGUACGACUCACAAAAUGAUCAUAACCAGUAGUUUUAGUUUGGCGGCCUUGUUUAUAUUAGAUAUUUGGAACAUAACAAGAUGAUCAAAAGCUUGCCAUUUUUUUCAUUUUGCCUCGUAAGUCCAGUCUAUAUUAGAAAUUUCCGUCACUGACUAAAGUGGUUGUUGGUCUAGUUUAUGAAUUGAAACAUGACAUGGUUUUGUAAACUGGGCCAGCUGGUUGGACCGCCAGCUGGUUAUGUUUGAACCGGUAUGAGCCCAUGUAUUAAUGCUCGAACCACUGCAAAGGUUGUUGACUCAGGUUUU